AAACAUAUACAACUUAUAUUAUAAACCGCCUUCCAGACGACCGUUUUCUUCCCUUUCUUCUUCAUUUUGUUUCAUAGGCCGGCGCAACAGGUGUAGUGGCUAGUGAGCCGCAAGCCCUAGCGAGACUGCGAGAGAGAGGGACGUGAAGGAGGUGGUCUGCAAUUGUUCCGAUCAGGAUAGCAGACCGGUUUUUUGUAGAAAUGGAUAUGCCACAGAACGAUUUCGAUCGUCUUUUGUUCUUUGAGCAUGCCCGGAAGACCGCGGAGCUAAAUUAUGCUAAGGACCCGCUUGACGCAGAUAACCUCACGAGGUGGGGAGGAGCGCUUCUUGAGUUGUCCCAGUUCCAAAGUGUUACCGAGUCAAAGAUGAUGAUAAGCGAUGCAAUUUCAAAGUUGGAGGAGGCUUUGCUAGUUAAUCCAAAGAAGCACGACACACUCUGGUGCUUAGGAAAUGCACACACUUCACAUGCUUUUCUGACUCCGGAGCAUGAUGCUGCGAAGAUUUCAUUUGAUAAGGCGUCUCAGUUUUUCCAACAAGCAGUGGAUGAAGAUCCAGGGAACGAGCUUUACCUCAAGUCUCUAGAAGUGACCGCAAAGGCCCCAGAAUUGCAUAUGGAGAUCCAUAAGCAUGGGCUUGGUCAGCAGGCUAUGGGGGGAGGGUCUUCAACUUCUUCAAAUGCAAAGGCAUCAAAGAAGAAGAAAAGCAGUGACCUCAAGUAUGAUGUUUUUGGAUGGAUAAUCCUCGCAGUUGGCAUUGUCGUGUGGGUGGGAAUGGCAAAAUCUCAUGUUCCUCCACCGCCUCCAAGAUAAGAACAUUAAAAAUUUGAGCCAUGCUGUGUUUGAAUUAUCUGUUGCAAGGUUCGACUUCACCCGAAAGUUCUCGAGUUGACAUGUGGAGAGAAAUAGAGCAUUGCAUGUCGCCCAGUAUACAUAUGUUGAUUUUGUUUAUUUUUAUUUCAGUUCUGAGCUCAUUGACUAACAUGGGCAAUAUCUUCUACAUCAAUAUCAAACUUUUAUGUAUGCUAGUUGAGAGCCAUUCCUGCA